AGACCAAGGUCGUGCCCCUCACCUGCGCCUGAGCAAACGGGUGGUUCUGUUCUGAAGGGACUCUUGGCAUCUUCCUCAGGCUCAGAGUCUGGUGUUUAGAAAGGAUUUCUCGUGACCAAACUUGCCAGGAAAUCGAGCUCCCCACUUUGGUUGUCUGAGGGCAGGGCCAUGCUGAAGUGACCCCAGAGACCUCACUGGGAGCUGACGAUGGUGAUGAGAAGGGGCUAUCUAGAUCUCGGGGAGCUGAAUGCCAUCGGCCUGACCAGCUGCACACGGUCUGGUGGCCAAGUUAUGCUCUCGCUCUGCAGCUCAGUUUCUUGCAUUGUCGAAUGAGGAUAGUUCUGCCUCCCCAGCAGGACUGUCGGGAGAAGUACGGGGUCUGGUGCAGGGCUGGGCACUGAGGAACUCAGGAGAGGCCAGGUGUCCCUGGGGAAUGAUGAAGACAACCAGGUUAUUGGGACAAAGGGCCUGGCCUGCAACAGGUUUCCCCCAACAGGUCCCAAGUGGGAGGGACAGGGCACAGGCUAGUCUCUCCUUGUCCUUUGCGGGCAGGAGGUCCAGGCGUGGACCCGGUGAACCAGGGUCACUGUCCAGACACUUGCUCACCUGUGAAGAAUGAGGGAGCCCGCAGAGUCUCCGUAAGCCUUCAGGCAGCUCUGAUUUAGCUCUGAGUGUGCAGCUGUGUUCCAGGUACUUGGAGUGUGUGUGAGUGUGUGUGAGUGUGUGAAUGUGUGCAAGGGCUAGGGAAACAAAGGAAAGAGAUGUCCCUUCCUUUAGGUACUGACAAUGCAGCCAGAGAAAGAAGUCUGCUCUGGACAAAGGGCGACGGCCCUGGGCCUGAGCUGGGCACUCGGGAUUGGCAGGAUUUUGAUUUUAGCUCUCGUGUCUAGUGUGGGCCUUGGCAACUCAGGAGCCUCGCUUUCCUCUUUCGUCGAUUAGGGUUUACAGUUCUGACCUUUGGGUUUGUGGGGGAAGAUUAAGUAAGAGGCUGGGUGGGAAACCGCUUUGUCAGUCGUGAGAUGUUGCUCAAAAGCGAACUACGAAUCCGGACACCGUCCUCCUUACCGUCGAUGCCUUUCAGAGGAAGACUUGUCUCGUCCGUUGUUGUGUCCUGGCCCUUAGCUCGGUGUUUGGUGAGCAGUACAAUCUUAGAAUAUGAAUGGAAUAGAUGGAUGAUGAAGUAAUACGUGGUACUUAAAAGAGAAUGGACAGCAAGCCGGCGGCCCUGCAUCUGGUCCCAGUUCUGCCCCCGGUCCUGUUGUCACCAUGGGCAAAUCUUUUCUCUUCUCUGGGCCUCAGUUUCCCCACCUGUCCAAUAAAGGUUUGGACAAGGAAUUAUAGUCUAUGGGGUUCAUGACAAAAUCAGCCUCCAGGACUGAGUUCCUGCUCCUGGUUGGUAUUGGGGUGGGCGGGGGUGUGAUGAGAGGCGGGGGUCCUGUUUGUCCUUUUACAGGGAGACCUUUCUAGAGGGACCCCUCCUCCCCACACUAGGCCUGUGAACCACGCCUCGCCGAGGAGAAGGGGGUGCUCCUCUUUGUCGGGGGCAGCCCCUCCUUCCCCCACCCCCAUGAGGCUUGGCCCAGGAGCACGCCCUGACUGGUCCUGGGGGAGGGCGUCUGGGAUGGGCGUGGAGCCCAUUCCCAGAAGGGCAAAUGCUGGGUCCCCAACAGCUCCACCUCUCUGAGCAGCCCCCACUGGGCUCCUUGGCAGCAGGGUGGGUGGGGAGAGAAGCCUCUUGCUGUGUGUCUGUAUGUGCGUGUGUCUGUGGUCGUGUGGGCUAUACGGGGGCGUCGGCUCAGCUAUAGUCACGCAGAACAUGUGGAACAUGACCAACAUGCAGGACGGUCUGGUACAGCCCAGCAGUUCCCAGAAGCAGAAUCAUCCACCAAACCAGCUGAGAGGCACGGGCAGGAUUCUAUGACCAGCUGCCCCUUUCAGCCACGGCGAUGGGGGCGAACGAUUCCUCUCGUGUGGACUCUGAGUUCCGAUACACCCUCUUCCCGAUCGCUUACGGCAUCAUCUUCGUGCUGGGGGUCACCGCCAACAGCUACGUGCUGUGGGUCUUCACCUGCCUGUACCCGUCCAAGAAGCUCAACGAGAUAAAGAUCUUCAUGGUGAACCUCACGGUGGCUGACCUGCUCUUCCUGGUCACCCUGCCCCUGUGGAUCAUCUACUACCACAACCAGGGCAACUGGAUCCUGCCUGAGUUCCUGUGCAACCUGGCUGGCUGCUUCUUCUUCAUCAACACCUACUGCUCGGUGGCCUUCCUGGCUGUCAUCACUUACAACCGCUUCCAGGCCGUGACCCGGCCCAUCAAGACAGCUCAGGCCACCACCCGCAGGCGUGGUUUCUCCGUGUCCCUGGUCAUCUGGGUGGCCAUUGUGGCUGCGGCCUCCUACUUCUUCAUCCUGGACUCCACCAACGUGGUGCCCAGCAAGGCCGGCUCGGGCAACGUCACCCGCUGCUUUGAGCACUACGAGCAGCGCAGCGUGCCUGUCCUCAUUAUCCACGUCUUCCUCGUGUUCAGCUUCUUCCUGGUCUUUCUCAUCAUCUUCUUCUGCAACCUGGUCAUCAUCCGCCGGCUGCUCUCGCAGCCCGUGCAGCUGCAGCACAACGCCGAGGUCAAGCGCCGGGCUCUGUGGAUGGUCUGCACGGUCUUGGCUGUGUUCAUCAUAUGCUUCGUGCCCCACCACCUCGUGCAGCUGCCCUGGACCCUGGCCGAGCUUGGCUUCCAGAACCUUCACUCCCACCAGGCGAUCAACGAUGCCCAUCAGGUCACCCUCUGCCUUCUUAGCACCAAUUGCGUCUUGGACCCCAUCAUCUACUGUUUCCUCACCAAGAAGUUUCGCAAGCACCUCACAGAGAAGUUCUACAGCAUGCGCAGCAGCCGGAAGUGCUCCCGGGCCACCUCGGAGACCGGCACUGAGGUGGUCAUGCCGCUCAACCACCUCCCUGUCCAGUCCCUCAAAAAGUAGUGCCUGAUUCUUGGGGCCAGGCCCAGGGCCUUCUCCUUCAGGGAUGUCACAGAAGGCCCUGGGGGAUGAAGGGGUCUCUGCUGUGGUCUGGGCACCCCCUCCCUGGGCACAAGGGGCCUUUUCAGUAUGGAGGCUACCUCACCAAGGUAGGGGUGAUGGCAGGGCCAGACCGCUGGGAAAUCCAGGACUUGAAUAAUAACCUUGGCUGGUGACCUCAUCCUGAAUCCCUGCAUCUGAUAGCUCUGCAGGGAAUGUCAGGGCCAGGCGCAGACCUUGGGGGCAGACUCUGAGCCACCCUGUUCACCCUACCAAGGCAGCUGCCCCGAGCCAGUAUGGCCUGACAUUUUGGGGCAACUACUACCUUUGUCACCAUAAAGGCAGAGAAGGGGGUUUGGGGAAAGGGAUCCUCUCUUGGUUGUGUGGUGGUGUCUCUGGGGAAGACUUUUGAGCUAGGAUAGUGCCACCUUGUCUCCAUUCAGAGGCACAAGGUCUUUGUGACACUUCUUAGGAAACAUGGUUCAGUGGAACCUUUUCCCACUCAUCCAACCACCUGUCUUGAAUGGUGUCAGAGAAGGUAAGACAUGCACAGGUCAAAAGCUAGGAUGGAGAGACAACCUCCCUGAGGUUGUCUCCUGAGGCAAAUGGGUCUCUUUGCACAGGCCUUGCCUCAAGCUUCGGUCAGUGCUGGGGGAGUGGGAGAGACACGACUGCCACAUCCAUCUGUCUCUGAUGAUGACCUCAUCUGAUGAAUUACCUCCUGUGGGGCAGCUCCCCACUGUGCGUGGGCAGAGACCGCUCAAAGCCAAGUUGGGGGCAUCCAGGGCACCACGCUGCUCAGAGGUUUCCAUGAGAAAGGGCACUUAGGCAGAGAAGGACCUGUGUGUGGGUGAGGCCUCCAGAGUGGGAGGAGCCUGUCAGGUCUCAUCUACCACCUGGCUUUCUGGGGCAGGGAGGUGGGGGGUGGGGGAUGGGGAGCCCUCCUAAUUUAGCUUCCAAAAUGUGAGAGGAGCAGUUAUGGUCCCAAGGGCCAGCAGGCACUUUGAAUUUUGGGUGCAGAAGAGAGGUGUCAGCUUCUCUUAAGGAUCUCUAGAUGCCUCCUUGUGAUUUUCGGCAAAUGUAUUCAAAUGAGCUUCCUCUCGCCCCCUGAGCACCCGCGGUGUGAACCUGGCAGCCACAGACUCAGGGGCUUGGAGGAGACUUCCCUGAUUGUCAGAGCCCUGUGUUCCUUCUGAGACAUCUUCCUCCCUUCCAGCCAUAACCCCGUCAAGUGAGAUCCUUGUUUCCUGUCUAGGAGGCUGAUUUUGAUAACCACUUCCCCCUGGGCCAAUAGCCUGCUUGGGUCUGGGAUGGUGGCUAUGGGCUGAACUCAGCUAAUGGUGACGAGGUGGACAGUGCAGCAGAAUUGAGGUUUGGUGUCGCACAGACCCAGGUUCAAGUCUUGGCUCUGUUACUUCCUACCAAGGGACUGUGAGCUCAAUUUCCUACCUCACGGGGUUGCUGAGAGCGGUGAAUGCUCUUGGUCAGGGUGAUUGCUCGUGCCAGAGUCUCCCUUUUUCCGAGAACACGUUCCCCUUGAUCCUCUGAUAGGAGCUGAAUGGAGGAGAUGUGGGCAUCUGGCUCUAGUUGGGCCAGUCAGGUUCUCUCUCUCAGGAAUAAGCAGCCAGAACCAGGGCUGCUAUUUCAGGCUCUGGAGAUCACUAACCUGAAGACGUACAAGUCUGGAGCUGUGAGUGUGUGUGUGUGUGUGUGUGUGUGUGUGUGUGUCUAUGUGUAUGAGGUGGGGCUGGGGAGGGUGGGUGACCUGCUUAGAGAGAAGAUGGGAAUGUGCAGAGCAAAGCAGAGACCAGAGGGAGACCAGAAGCCUGGAGAGAGGAGGGCAGGUGUUUCCCGGGCCUGCUGCCGUCUUCCUCCGGGCCAGGCCUUCUCUAAGCCCAACAUCUGCACUCCUUCCUUUGGGUCCUGUGAGAUUCCCUCGUCAGGAUGCAUUCUCUUAUUUUGCUUAAGCCUAGUUGAGUGAGUGUCUAUGACUUGCAUCUCAUCUCUGAAUCAGGUGAAUGCUUAGAUGCUAAAGCUCGGUGUUUCUUGCCUUUCAGUCAUUUGUGUACAUCUCUCCCGUACACAAUGUUUCAAUACCCGUGUAUCAUCUGUAUGUUUACUUAAUAAAUAUUUUGCUCUAAACAGAGUCACUUUUUUAAAAAA